AUGGCCGAAGCUGAAGCUUCUAAUCUUGACAACAUCCAAGGCGAUAUCUGGCCUGGUCUGGCGAAAAAGUACCAAAUCUUUUGGUUCUUUCAGAUCACUGAUGCCAGUGCCUUCAAGCCUAGUCUCGGAAAGCUGCUGGAUGAUAAAGUCAUUACGUCUUCAGCGGAUGCACUAGGCCACAGGAAGGAGAUAUACGAGGUUAAAACCUCGCAGCCGGGUAUUUUGCACGAGCUAGCUGCAGUAAAUAUUGCCUUCAGCUUCAAGGGAAUGCAAAAGCUGGCCAAGGAGAAGGACCGCUUCGUGGAUGACCCAUUUCGCAAGGGAAUGGAAGCUGAUAUGGUAAACGAGGGCAGAGAUAGAAUUGAGGAAUGGAUGGAUGAAUUCAAAUCGAAAAAUGGUGGCGUUGAUGGCGUGGUCUUGGUGUGCGGGACUGAAACGAAAGUCAAGAAGACUACAGCAAAGCUGGCUAAGGAGUACUUCAGCUCGGCUCAAGGAAUCAAGCAUAUCAUUACUCUGGAUGGGAGAGAACGACCCGAGGAGAACGCAAAGCAUGAGCACUUCGGUUUCCUGGAUGCCAUCUCGCAGCCUCGGUUGACGGGGUUUGACAAGAAAUGCGAAAAGGGAGAUGGCAAUUACCAACAUAUGUGCCGUCCGGGCCGCAUUAUCAUCGGACACGACGGAGAGAUGAACAAUGAGCCAAAAUCUCAACACCCACCCUGGGCCAAAGACGGCAGCUACCUCGUCAUCCGUAAGCUCAAACAAUAUGUACCAGAAUUCAACAGCUACCUGGAAUCCGAGGCUCCUAAACUUCACUUUACUGAAGACCAGUUAGGAGCACGGCUGGUAGGACGUUGGAAAAGCGGGGCCCCUGUUGAACUGCAUCCCGAUGCGGACUGUCCGAAAGAUGCAAGGAUGAACGAGUUCAACUAUGACGUUAACGUUCAUACCAAUUGUCCAUUUGCUUCACACAUGCGCAAGACUAAGCCUCGAAGCAUAGUCAGCGAUAGAGAUAUGAAUGAUAUCAUGCGUCGUGGCAUCCCCUAUGGGCCUGAAGUCGGAAUCAACGAGACCAAGACCGAGCAAGAUCGAGGGCUCAUGUUCACAUGCUACCAAUCCAGUAUUGGUAACGGCUUUCAGUUUCUGAAAAGAAGCUGGAUCAAUUUGGAUACAUUCCCAGCCGACAAGACCGAGUAUACUGGUGGUACCAACCCAGGACAAGAUGUUAUCGUGGGCCAACUCGUCAAGAAGCCCCAAAAGCCAAAACACAAAAUCCUGACAACAAGUCUGGUUGACGGUAAGGGACAGAAUACCACGACCAGCUUUCUUCCCUUUAUCCAGUCCAAUGGCGGCGAUUACUUUUUCUCCCCAUCUCUCCAGCUUCUUCGAGAUAUGUCUGGACAAUGCAAACGCGAGGACUCAUGCUACAAGGGCAUGUCAUACUGCUCCACGCAAGCGCAUGGAGCUUCAGGAACAGGCAGCCCACAAUGGUCUUCCCAAAACCGCCCGCCGAUGCAGGGAAGCAGCGAGCAGUGGUCUUCCCAGGACCGUCCACCAGUGCAGGGAAGUGGUGAGCAGUGGUCCUCCCAAGACCGUCCACCAGUGCAGGGAAGUGGUGAGCAGUGGUCCUCCCAAGACCGUCCACCAGUGCAGGGAAGUGGUGAGCAGUGGUCCUCCCAAGACCGUCCACCAGUGCAGGGAAGUGGUGAGCAGUGGUCCUCCCAAGACCGUCCACCAGUGCAGGGAAGUGGUGAGCAGUGGUCCUCCUAA